AUGGGUAUUGCGGUAUACUUGAACAUUCCAACUUCUGUGAUUCUUUACUACGGUUUCACCUCUGUCAUCUGUAAUUGAACAGCAUCCCCUUGUUGCAUGUACAUUCCGAACAUUUCAGACAUCGGUCCGUCACUCAUAUUCAUCUUCGAAGACCGUUACAAUCGAUUGGUCCGUCAGGAUUCGGAGACUACAAUUCGAACUGUCAAACGAGCCAUUUAUUUUGCACUCAACUAUAUCUACGCGAGCCUCGUCAUGCUGCCCACCUACUUUGACGUGCCCGACCGGGAACAGGCAAAACUGGAAGUGAUUCGGGAGUUUCCGUGCUUACCAGCCGCGCUUGUUGAGAAGAAGGGGUUCUUCAAACUGUCGAACAACAAGUACAUAGUUGCGAUCUGUUUGCUCACUUUUAUCCUCAGCACUAUCAUCCAAUCGUUCUUCUUUCUCAUCGGAACAGCACGGUUCAUUUUUAAAGUGAAAGCGCAAUCGGAGAGGACGUCCCGAAUGCAGCGACAAUUGUUCCGAGGUCUUUGCAUUCAAGUGGCCGUACCCACUCUUUUUGUUUUGACUCCCACGGCCUACAGUACAAUUGCUGUUUCCAUAGCGUAUCUAGACUUGGUCCUUCUCAACGUGGCUAUUCUCUGGAUCGCCAUGCACGGAAUCAUAUCCUCAUUGAGCAUGCUGAUUGUGCACAAACCCUAUAGACAAGCCACAUUCGAACUAUUAUCUAUUCCCAACAAAUCAGCUCGAACUACUCCUGUCGUGCUUCAAAGUUCUGCUUCUCAAAUCUAAUAAAACAUGUAUUUCUGAUUUCUGUCUCUGUUCAAUCAAAGGUGUGGUGUUUGGAGAGACCAUAAAAAGGAAAAUGUGCGUCCUCAGUUCGUGACUGCAUCUCAAAUAGCUUCCUUCUUCUUCUCCAUCUUUUACUAUCUUUUCAUAAACAAACCGUAUAGAACUGCCACUCUCGAACUGCUCCACUUCAAGAUCUCGGAGCCAUUCACACCUUUUAGAUGUCAGAAUUCUGGAAAUUGAUGAGAGAAAUGGCGUGUUUUCCAAAUAUCGAAUACGUAGUCCUAAAAUAAACACGCACGGAAACCUUCAUCAUACCUAUUGCUUAUUCCUUAUUCGUAGGGCGCCCCAAAUAUUCAGAUCACGCAACCUUCCCCCUUCUUCCUUUCCUACUUUCUAACGGAGAUCAUAACACAACGCGAAAUGGUGAGCACCUUUACUUCUCUAUAUUAUAAUCCUUUUAUAAUAUUUGUUUUCAGUUCGGUUUCAUUCACGAAAGCAUCCGACAACUUGUCAUUCGAAACUAUGGAGAAGAGGCUUGGGAUCAAGUACUUGAAAAGUCGGGAUUCGAGAACGGCAAAGAGAAUAUUGUGAAUCAUUACUACUCGGACACGGAUACCUAUGUGCUCGUGGAUAGUGUUUCGCUUGUUCUGAGUGAGUCUAAUAAUAAUAAUAAUAAUACAAAACCAUUUGCGCAUCAAUUCUUUUAUACAGAAGUGACGAAAGAUCAAGUUUGGGAGAUGUACGGCGGCUUCCUCAUCACCUACUCGAUGGAGAUUGGCUGGGAUGAGCUCGUCCGGAGCAUGAGCCCGAACCUCAAAGGCUUCUUAGACAACCUCGACAGCCUUCAUUACUUCAUUGAUCAUGUGGUAUACAAGGCCAACCUGCGGGGACCGUCUUUCCGUUGUGAGGAGACUGCGGACGGCACCCUGCUCCUUCAUUACUUCACCGGUCGACCGGGCGUCUAUCACAUUGUAAAGGGCGUCGUGAGAGAGGUGGCGAAGCUCGUCUUCAACUUGGAUAUCACCCUGAUUGUGCAGGGAAGAACCCAGAGAAGUGUGCAUAUGAGCAACGGCGAGAGGGUCGAGGAGCAUGUCGUGUUCUUGAUCAAUGUAAGUGAUGAUGCACCUCGGCAAACCUCUGUAGCUUUUACGCAAACUUUCUAAAGUCAGCUGAAGUUGCGGAAGUUUUACGCAAAUGUUGCAGAGGUUUGUCGAGUACUGUACUCAACUAAUGUUCGCCAGAACGUCGGAGAAUCGCGUCGAGAUUCCGAUGGAUCCCACGUCAGUCAGUUGACAUCUUCCUCCAGCAGCUAUCCGGAAAUAGUGGAUGAUCAUUUGGGAGUGUCUUUGGAAGACUUCUCAAAAGCUCUGCCCUAUCACUUUGUGCUCGAUGACUCUUGCAAACUGGUGCAGUGUGGGGAUGAGCUUCGGUAGGGAAACUAUCGAGUACGUACCCAGUAGGACCAAUCUACUUUCAGUAACCACAUUCCCAAUGAACUUCUGAAGCCGGGCACUCCAAUUUUGCGUAUUUUCGAAAUAAACCGUCCGCAAAUCCCGCUGGACUUUGAGAAUAUUUGCAACUUUAUCAACGCCGUCUUUGUGCUGCAAGUGAAGACGUCGCCGUUGAAGAAGAAGCAUCUAGACUCGAUGACGAAGGAGGAAGUCACGCAGGAAAUGUGAGAUUUAUACCUAUAGGUGUUUUAUGACUUUCAACACAAACGUUUCAGGGAAGCCAUUGAAGAGAACGGAGAAGAGGAGCUGACACAAGAGCAUCAUCUGAAGUUGAAGGGGCAGAUGAUGUUGUUGGCGACGAAGAAGCACAUCAUCUACCUGUGCUCUCCGUACGUGACGUCCAUCAACGAGCUGAUGCAGUACGGAAUGCGGCUGACUGCGAUGCCGCUUCACGACGCCACUCGCGACCUGAUUCUGUUGAACCAGCAGAGAUUGACCGAUGUGGAAGUCAAGUGAGUACUCAUCAGACUAUAUUGUGCCCAUUUCGCUCUUGCAGUUUACAACUCGAAGCCAACAAUGAACAACUCGAAUCAAUGACGCGCGAACUGGAAGAGGAGCGAAAGAAAACCAACGCAAUCCUGAAGGACAUGCUGCCGAGACGGAUCGCUCAGCAACUGCUCAGCGGAGAGCACAUCGAACCGUGCGAGCACGAGGCGACCGUCAUGUUCUGUGAUCUGCCCGCCUUUCAACAAGCGAUUGCGCAGUGCCCGCCAAAGGAUAUCAUCAAGUUGCUCAACGACAUUUUCAAGCGGCUCGAUCGGAUCGUCGUCCUCCGUGGCGUCUACAAAGUCGAAACGGUGGCCGACAGCUACAUGACAGUCUCCGGAAUCCCCGAGUACACUCCGGAACACGCGGAGAACAUGUGCCACGUGGCACUGGGCAUGAUGUGGGAGGCGCGCGCCGUCACGGAUCCGGUCAACAAGAACCCGUUCCUUCUGAGAAUCGGACUGCACUCGGGCACAAUCAUUGCCGGCGUGGUCGGCUCGAAAUCGCCCAGGUAUUGUCUGUUCGGCGAGACAGUUUCGUUGGCGUCGCAGAUGGAAUCGCGUGGAAUGGCCGGCAAGAUUCAGUGCAGCAAAUGGACGUAUCAGAAGGCGAUGGAGACCGGACGGUUCGAGUUCAGUCCGAGAGGAAGGAUCGCCGUCGAAGGAAGGGGUGAAGCCGAGACGUAUUUCCUCACACGGAGCCUUAAGAAGAGCAUCUGGGAGAUUAUCGAUCACGAGAGAGGUACAUGUCUCGGAAUUCUUCUAACCUAAGACCACAUACGAGCUAAAAUACGGUUUUCAGAUGUGAACGUUAACAGCAUCGAAGGCUACGAAGAACUGGAAACUGCCAUCGAGAACGCGGUCACAAUCUUGCACCCACGACCAGAUCAGGCACGAUCGGCUGCUUGUUCCAUUUCAUAAUAAUUUGUUUAUAAUUAAAGUUAAAAUAGAUAAUUGCAAUUAUCAUUUUCAAACUUUUCUCGCUGUUGUUUCUUUGUUUUUUCAUCGAGAUUCGCUGCUUCUUCUGGAAGUGAGUGUUCCACAUAUUGUUUAUUCAUGAGUAUAAAAUAAGUUAUUGACUCCUAAGAGCUACAAGGCUUUGAACAGUAGUUGUUGCAACUUUUGGCCUUUUGAAUCGAAGAAAUUCCAAAACCACCAAUCGAUACGGUUUGUGCACGCAGAUCAUGGUAAUCGUGGAAAGUGUUCCAUACAUCAUAAUCCAAAAGAGCGCAAUGUUGCCAACAAGAAUGUCCGGGUAGCCAAUUGCAGUGCAUACUUGGAUAUAAAUGCUGGGAACCAUGAUGGCCACCACGGGGACUGAUAACUGAAUACAAAGCGUUUUGAACAACUGCCGCUGAAUAUCCGCCGUUCGUUUCGAUUGAAUUCUCAAGGUUAGCAAGAAGCGUAGAAUGCUAACAAAGAAGUACAAGCCUUGACACGUGACUAAGAGUGUCAUGAUGGACAGACUCAAUAACAGAUAAAUUGCGCCUUUGGAGAGCUUGAAGAAUCCGGGCUUGUCGAUGAAGUCAGCGGUAAAGCAGGGAAAAUCUUCGAGAAGCUUCAGUUUCGCUUCCGUCGGAUCUGCGCUGUCCACGAAUGCGGGAAUGAUUAGAACCCAACAAAUUAUGAUAUUCGCAGAGUAGUACAGUACUCGUUUCAUCUUUCGACUUUCCGAUGUAGCGUCAGAACGAACAAGACGAUUGUAGCGGUCUUCGAAGAACAUGACGAUGGCCGCGCCUUCCACUUAAAUAUGAACAAGUAAUCAACGGGUGCUGACUUGAAGCUGAACUAACUGUUAAUGGAGGAAACCGCAAUGUAUACCUGUACAGAGGAGGGAACUCCGAUAUGAAAUAGAGGUCCCAAUGCCCAACCACAUGAAGCUGGGAAUAUAACGAAUGGAACACCGAGAACAUUCACGUAAAAAUCGAACCAGACACACGAAGUAUGCAAUAAUAGCAUUGAAAACUUGAUAUUUCCUAUUUUCUUUGGUGUUUUAAAAAUGAUUAUGUAGUAGCCAAGUAUGUGAAGAGGAACUUGGAAGAUGGAGAGAGUGUGGAAGGUGAGUAUUGUGAACUCAUCCGAUUCGUAAUAACUUUGACGAUAAACACACAUUUGGAGUGCGAGUAGUGUGAAAUUUUUUAGCCAGGAGAGACUUUUCCACCUGCUUCCAAGAAAGUUGUACCUUUUCCUAUGACUUCUGAAAAGUAAUUGAAGAAAACACUUACUUUGGCACUUCCGUGAAAACGCAACAGUUUGCAGACAAAAUUAGUGUCAGAAGUAACAAAGCACGUCAAUACGAGCAUUUUGAGCGUUGGAACAGCUGAAAUUCGAGCGUAUCAGUUGUACUAGUUGCAGAUUACAGCGCUGAAGAGCCUCCAGCAGCAGCCAGCAACAACAGAUGCACCAUACCCGAAUGGAAUAACAAAGAAACCACUUCGAUUACUAGUAGCUACUGGAACUCGGUCUCCAGAUGGUUGUGGAUGACUUUGGAUUUAUCGGAAGAGGUACCUACAUAAAGCUGUACCUAUCAUUUCAAUUUUACGUUUAGAACAAUCAAAACUACACAGCGCUUUCGCUUCUCGGUGCUUACGUGUAUCCCGAGUACAUCUCGAUUUCACUAUCCGCCCAAUACUUGGUCAAACAACGUCUAUGCUGUCGAUACUUUGACUGCAAACAGCAAGAAAUGCCGAAAAGUGCAUGGCAAGGAAUCGUCUUUCCCGAAUUGGUCGUGCAUUGUCCGCGGAGGAUCGGAGCAGAGUUCAUGUCGGUUUCCAGUCAGUUAACCGACCAACCACCCACGAGGUGUCCGCUUGUGUUGCGCCGUUAUACGGAAGUGAGGCCAACUGGUUGCAGAUUGCAGAAUUCAUCGAGUACCGCAAAUUGAGAGAGGGUCUCACCUACUUUUACUUCCACAUCGGCCGCAUUUCCGACUACGACCGAAAGAUGUUGGACUACUAUGAGAACAAGGAAGAAGUCGAGGUGAAAGUGUUCUCCGACAAGUACGAACGACCGUUCUACGCGUGGCAGCCCCUGCAAGUUCAGGAUGGCCAUCUGAGAAGCAAGUUCCAUUCGAAAUGUACGGCUUUUAUCGACAUUGACGAGCGCAUUUCGGCGGUCGGAAGACGAUUUGUCGAUGUUUUGGGCGGAUAUCUGGAGGUUCAGAUGCCGCUGCUCAACAUCAUCAAAAGCGACGACUCGCGGCAGGUAAGGAGAGAGCUCUUGGUAUAAUCCUUUUAUGAUAUUCGUUUUCAGUUCGGUUUCAUUCACGAAAGCAUCCGACAACUUGUCAUUCGAAACUAUGGAGAAGAGGCUUGGGAUCAAGUUCUUGAAAAGUCGGGAUUCGAGAACGGCAAAGAGAAUAUUGUGAAUCAUUACUACUCGGACACGGAUACCUAUGUGCUUGUGGAUAGUGUUUCGCUUGUUCUGAGUGAGGAUAAUAAUAAUAAUAAUACAAAACCAUUUGCGCAAUUCUUUUGAACAGAAGUGACGAAAGAUCAAGUUUGGGAGAUGUACGGCGGCUUCCUCAUCACCUACUCGAUGGAGAUUGGCUGGGAUGAGCUCGUCCGGAGCAUGAGCCCGAACCUCAAAGGCUUCUUAGACAACCUCGACAGCCUUCACUACUUCAUUGAUCAUGUGGUAUACAAGGCCAACCUGCGGGGACCGACCCGUGCUCCAAUUGUCUGA